AUGACCACCAUCCGCAAUUCACCCGUCACCCGGUCUAAUCCUCUCUGGCCGGAAUCCAUUCCAAGCACGGAAACUCUAAAGCAUAUUGCUCAGAUUCAAUUCGCGAUUGAAGAACCCGAGGGCGUAACUCUCCCAAUCGUCAGUAAAAAUAUCUUCGAGCCGCUUCACGAACAAAAAUGGGAACACUACAAACAUGUGCCGAAGUCAAUCAUCUUCCCAAUCUCACAGCUGAUAUGGAGACGUAGUAUGUUGUGCGAGAUAUGGACUAGCAAACAAGUCAAGCUUCCACUCCUCAAACAAUAUAUCAAGUACCACGACAUGCUUCUUGACAAGAUCUGGGACGAGGUCGAUGGAGUUAGAGGUAUUUUCCCUCAGGAUUGGGCGCCGCCUACUAUCAUUCACUGGGCGAGGUUGGAGUUUUAUGCAGGCAGACAUUCUGAGCCCCAUGUGAAUGCGUGGAAGAAGGAGAAUGGGACUUUGCCAGAGUUUGUUCCUGACGUUGUUGUCUUCGACUUUUCCUGGGACGGCGGUAAUGAUGGAUUUUUGCUGGUCAUGGGAGUUUCUGGACACCCCGGCAACUUCCAAAACCAGUAA